AUGAGCACGACGAAACUUGACUACGAGGACGACGAUGACUUCAAGGCCCAAGUCAUCCAUGAUGAACAUGGUGUUGGCCAGACCCUGGCCCUGGACGACUCCAUUGAGGAGACAAAUCCUGGUAAAGGUGUCUGGUUGAUCGCGUGUUAUGACACUGGUGUCAUCUCCGCGGUCCUCGUGAAUCUAGGAACAGAUCUUGGUCACACGCUCGCCUCGAAUGAACAAGAACUCGUCACAUCCAUCACCUCCGGCGGUGCCCUCGUCGGCGCCGUCAUGGCCGGUCUGACGUCGGACCGUUACGGCCGCAAACUGGGCAUCUACGCCGGCUGCGUGGUGUUCCUACUCGGCUCCAUCAUCCAGGCUGUUGCCUACUCGGUGGCUCAGAUGACCGUCGGUCGAUUCAUAGUCGGUCUGGGAGUCGGCAGUGCCGCUAUGAUCAUCCCCCUGUACAUCGGAGAGAUGGCACCAGCACGCUCGCGUGGACGACUGAUCGUGUUCGACAACCUAUGCGUCGGGUUUGGACAACUCAUUGCCUAUGCGCUUGGGGCAGGUUUCACCAGCGUCACCCACGGAUGGCGAUACAUGGUUGGUCUGGGCGGCGUCCCGGCAAUCCUUCUCUUCUUCCUACUUCCUUUGUGUCCUGAGUCGCCACGGCAACUCAUCGCACAUGGCCACGAAGAAGACGCAGUGCGUGUGCUGGGCCGGAUCUUCCCUAAUGCGUCGGACGAGCAGCGACAGGCCAAGGUGCGGGUGAUCCGGCAUUCGAUCGAAGAGUCUUCUGUCUCGAUCUCGGAUCGGAGUCUGUGGUGGCAGCUCAAGCAGCUGUUUACUAUCCCGGCUAAUCUGCGUGCGUUGACGACGGCGUGUGUCGUCAUGGCGGUCUCGCAGCUGGGUGGGUUCAAUACGCUGAUGUACUACUCGGGGACGCUGUUCUCUAUUGUUGGGUUCAAUAAACCAACGGUUGUAUCGAUUGUGGUUGGAGCGACGAACUUUCUCUUUGGGUUUGUGAAUUUCGGUGUUAUUGACCGGUUUGGUCGACGAACUGUCCUUUUGAUUACUCUUAUGGGAAUGACAAUCUCCCUCGUCAUCGUCGCCGUCGCCUUCAACUACAUCCCCCUAACCCCUGAGCUCGAACCCCAAGAAGGCAACAGCAUGAACUGGGCCGCCAUCCUCCUCCUCGUCUUCAUCAUCGUCUACAUCGCCUUCUACGCCGCCGGCGUCGCGCCCAUCUCCUGGGUCGGCACCGAGUUCCUGCCCCUCGAGGUCCGAGCUCUGGGAACGAUGCUGAACACCGUGACAUGCUGGGCAUGCAACAUUAUCAUCUCGUCGACGUUCUUGUCGAUGAUGAAGGGGAUGACGCCGAGUGGGGCGUUUGGGUUCUAUGCGGGGAUGUGUGCGAUUGGUUGGGUGUUUGCGGUGUUUUGUUAUGCGGAGGUGCAUAAUAUGCCGCUGGAGAAGAUUAGGGAGGUUUAUCAGCAUGGGUUUGGGGUUAGGUAUGCGAAGAGGAUGCAAGCGGAGUUGAAGAGGGAGAGGGAGGAGGGGAUUCAGGGGAACAAGGAUGUGGUGUAAAUGUAUAUACACAUACUGUACAGAUAACUGUACAUACAGAUAGUUGUAAGUAUCUGUAUUUUAGCUGUAUCUUUGUAGCAGAG